AUGGACAUUGGAAUGUCUGAACCAUCAGAGAACCAACCAGUCAGUUCCAAUAUUCACAGCAUCAAGCCACAGGGUUCCCACCCCUCUCCUCCAGGGGUCCACAGGGUUGCCACCCCUCUCCGCCAGGGGUCCACAGGGUUCCCACCCCUCUCCUCCAGGGGUCCACAGGGUUCCCACCCCUCUUCUCCAGGGGUCCACAGGGUUCCCACCCCUCUCCUCCAGGGGUCCACAGGGUUCCCACCCCUCUCCUCCAGGGGUCCACAGGGUUCCCACCCCGCUCCUCCAGGGGUCCACAGGGUUCCCACCCCUCUCCUCCAGGGAAACAGGGUUCCCACCCCUCUCCUCCAGGGGUCCAGAGGGUUCCCACCCCUCUCCUCCGGGGGUCCAGAGGGUUCCCACCCCUCUCCUCCAGGGGUCCACAGGGUUCCCGCCCCUCUCCUCCAGGGGUCCACAGGGUUCCCACCCCUCUCCUCCAGGGGUCCACAGGGUUUCCACCCCUCUCCUCCAGUGGCCCACAUGGUUCCCACCCCUCUCCUCCAGGGGCCCACAGGGUACACACCCCUCUCCUCCAGGGGCCCACAGGGUUUCCACCCCUCUCCUCCAGGGGCCCACAGGGUUCCCACCCCCUCUCCUCCAGUGGCCCACAUGGUUCCCACCCCUCUCCUCCAGGGGCCCACAGGGUUCACACCCGUCUCCUCCAGGGGCCCACAGGGUUUCCACCCCUCUCCUCCAGUGGCCUACAUGGUUCCCACCCCUCUCCUCCAGGGGCCCACAGGGUUUCCACCCCUCUCCUCCAGUGGCCCACAUGGUUCCCACCCCUCUCCUCCAGGGGCCCACAGGGUUCCCACCCCCUCUCCUCCAGUGGCCCACAUGGUUCCCACCCCUCUCCUCCAGGGGCCCACAGGGUUCACACCCGUCUCCUCCAGGGGCCCACAGGGUUUCCACCCCUCUCCUCCAGUGGCCUACAUGGUUCCCACCCCUCUCCUCCAGGGGCCCACGGGGUUUCCACCCCUCUCCUCCAGUGGCCCACAUGGUUCCCACCCCUCUCCUCCAGGGGCCCACAGGGUUCCCACCCCCUCUCCUCCAGUGGCCCACAUGGUUCCCACCCUUCACUGCUCACCACCUCUCCAGGGUUUCCACCCUCCUCCAUGGGCCCACGGAGUUCCCCGCCUUCCUUCCCUCCCUAGGACUUGGCUGUGGUAUCCCUGGUCGCCUGGCUGA